AUGGGGUACUUUACUCGGUCCAGCAGCCGCCGGGCGAAUUCUCAACCCGCGGAACCCGCGAAAACCGCGAAGCCUAACAAGCUUCAGAAGACGAACCCGCGUCAGACACGCGCCGAAACGACCGCGCCGGGCAAUGCGCCCGUGAUCGAGAACGCGCAGCCCCUCCAAACUGCAUGGGAAGAGCCGUCCCGAGCACGCGCGCGCCCAACCUGGGCGAACCCCGAUUCCUACUGUACGCCGCGGGAGAACGCCUGCCUCAACACCAUGAAGCCGAUCGGGCAGUACCCGACGGCCGGCGACUACAAGAGCGUUGGCCUAACGCCCCCUACGAAGGGCGCCGCCAAACGCGUGGCCAAGCUGACGGUGCGCGCCGUCGACGAGUUCGGUGAUGCUCUCUUUGCCGACACGUCGACGCCCAUCACGCCCGUGGCCGAGGACGCGACCAGUUUGGACGAACCCCGUGUCAAGGACGAUGAGGAGAGCGCGGUUGAGAAUCUCGUGGCCCUCAACGGCUCUGUUGAAGAUGUUGUGGUGGAGGAAGUGGUGGGAGGUGCGGACGUGGACGACGUCGUGGGCACAAACAUGGCGACACCCGUUUCCGAAGCAAUCGGGUUUCAACCAGCACACUCCUCUUUGUCUCCUGUCGAGACGCCGGUGGAUAGCCCUGCUGACGAGACCUUGAUCGACCCUGUUCUGACUGCGCCCGACGCGGAGGACAAGCCUUUGCACAAGGCACGAUUACCUGCCAUUACAACCGACAUGGACGCAAUGGCAUCCGAGAAUGAGAAGCCCCUCGACCGCGAUUUUAUUGCUCUGUUGAACUCGCUUCCUGUUCCAAAGUCUAGUAGAUACGAUGUCACCCAACUAAAGCGAGUCGUCGAAUUCGCAAUUUCUCACUCUCAUGAUAUCGGGGACGAUGAUGUGGCCUUGAGCCUCGUUUACUACUGGUCUGACAUCUCUAGCGAUGAUUUCAAGUUGUCGCUGAUCCACAACAUCGGUCGCGCGGAUACUGAUCACAGCCUGGAACUGGCGCUGAAAACCAUGCUGCGCCAUUCAGUAGAGGAUGCUACGGAGUGGUACAAAGCCUACAGUACAAAGCACCCCGCAGCGUUGACCCGUCACGAUUCAGGCAGCGACUCCAGCCUGUCGUCUGCUAAAUCUCUUGAGAUCGAGCCUCUGGGUCGGACUUUCAAAGUCGCGGACAUCUACCGUGACACGUCUGGCCCCCGCCUUGAGGAGUUAUUUAUGACCGGCAAGACCAACACUGCUCCUCUCAAAAGACCUAAGAAGCCGUGCCGAGUGAAUGAAAACUCCUUCAAGCGCCGACGUGAGUGGGAAGCUGAUCUCACGCUGGAUGAGACUUUGCACGAAAAGCGCACUCGCCUUGCGCAGGAGGUUGAACCUGUGGAAGCCAUGGCUCAGAACAGCUCAGUUCGUGCUCGGAGAGGUCAGCCUGAUGGCAUCCAGCAACCUUACACUCUUGGCCAAACGGCCGACCUGACUGACGCGGAAGAGAUCACUCCAUCCGUGGAGACUGCUUCAGUCCCAACCCCUUCACGCAUGCAGAGAGGUGCCAGAGGCAGGGGACGCGGAAGAAGCCGUGGAGGGCUGGUGAAGCUGAUCCAGCCAGCAAGAAACCAGCAGGCUGAGUCGCCGAAUAUCCCUACGCAGGUUUUGGGCAAGCGCAUUCGCGAGUUGUCCCUCGACACUACCGUCUCCGCCGAGUCCACUCUCUCCAAUGAGUGUUACUCUGAACGUGAAAACGAAUGGCACGGCGAUUUCACCCGGCGGCAAAUGCCGAAUUCGAUGUAUGUCAUGCCUUCUAUAUGGGAUAUGAUCGACGAAGACCCCCUUACGCUAACCUUCAAUCCCUUCUACAGUGAGCCACCUGAGAACAGCGACAACUGCUAUGAGUGUGACCGGGGUGGCAGCCUCCUUUGCUGCGAUACCUGUGAAAACGCAUUCCAUUUUAAAUGCCUGCGUCCGGUCGUGGAUCCCAAAAACCCGCCGCAGGACCGAAUACUCCCCCCUACUGAAAUCAAGGAGUACUUCAUCGGAGUUGGCGAGGGCGUGCAGUUUGACCCUACCAACGAGAAGGACCUGAAGAACCAGCGCUUCUACAGGUCGGUUCCCCACAUACCGCGUCUGACUAAGCCAGCGAAGCCCGGAGCCGAAACUCCUGCCUACCACGAUGCGAACCUGCUGAAGCUGAUGGAAAAUGGGCAUGUCAUCCUCUGCAACAAGUGUGGUCGCUCCUCUGAUGGUGAGCGCCCGAUCAUUCGCUGUGACUACUGCCCUGCUCGCUUCCACCUGGACUGUCUUGAUCCUCCCCGCGCGAAUCCCCCUAACCCUCACGUUGGGUGGAUGUGCCCCAACCAUGUCCGACCUGAUGAUAUGGUCGUGACCAAAAUGGUUGAUGGACGCUUGCAAGAGCGCCGCGUGCGCCGUCCUAAGCACACUGUGGCCUCGGUUGACGUGGAGCCUAUUCCAUAUGAUGAUGCUCAUGAGACUACUUUCGAUGAUGACUUCCGUGAGAAGCGGCACCUCCUUCCUGCCGGAGAUCUCGUCCUGGACUUUAUCUCCGCCGUUCACAAUGACUCCGGCCGUCAGCAGAAAGCGUUCUUCGCUGGUCUGGCCAAUACAUGCAUCAACCUGGCUAGGAACAUGGUUGAAGAGCGGCUCCAAGAGAACAGCUCCAUCUCUGCUAAUGAAAUCACCGCCAAACUUGCUCCAAGCAUCAAUGAGGCUAUCGACAAUCUCCAAACUGGCAAAAUGACCAAAGAUCAGUACGAUGCUGCUCUUACUCUUGUCGGAUUCGCAAAGGCCGAAAAGAUUCCUACGGUCGGCGAUAAUGACGCCACGAUAUCAUCUCACCCCAACGAAUCCAGUGCUAAAUCUGAUGAUCCACCCGUUGUGGCACCCCUUGAGGUCUCUCCUCCUUCUAUUCUCACGGGCGACACAGAAACUGUUGCUGCCGCCCCAUCCCCAGCGAUCAAGGCUGGCACAGACCCCAAAGAACCUGUUAUCUCAAUACCUCGUCAUACUUCACCCCCUCUUUCCCGCAAGAACCCCAAGUCUCCCAGGACACGGUCCCGGGCAUUCCGAGUUUCGCAGGCGGCAGUCUCCGACAAUGAAUUCAUUACUCGAUCUACCCCUAAGAGCACCCGCAAGAGCAAGCGAUCGCGCGCAGCCUCUGAAGCACCUGUCGAGGACAAAGAGCGCGCCCAAAAGCGACGGCACACUGACUCCGAUUAA